AUGGAUAACUUUCUAAAAAUCGACAGCAACAAUGAAUCUUAUCUCCCUCCUGGUUUCCGUUUCCACCCAACAGAUGAAGAACUCAUAACUUAUUACCUUCUCAAAAAAGUUCUUGACAGUAAUUUUACUUGCAGAGCCAUUACUGAAGUUGACUUUAACAAAUGUGAACCUUGGGAGCUUCCAGAAAAGGCAAAGAUGGGUGAGAAAGAAUGGUACUUUUUCAGUUUAAGGGAUAGAAAAUAUCCAACUGGUCUGAGAACAAACAGAGCCACUGAAGCUGGAUAUUGGAAAGCAACUGGGAAAAAUAGAGAAAUUUAUAGUUCCAAAACGAGUUCUUUACUAGGGAUGAAGAAGACAUUAGUAUUUUACAAAGGAAGAGCACCUAAAGGUGAAAAGAGUAAUUGGGUAAUGCAUGAAUAUCGUCUUGAAGGAAAACUUUCUUAUCGUUAUCUCUCUAAAACCUCUAGGGAUGAACGCGUAAUUUCAAGGGUUUUCAAGAAGAGCAGCGGAACUGGCGGUUGGGGUGGAGGAAAGAGGCUUGGCGUUGUCAGUUAUGGUGGUGGUGUAGGAUGCUACAGCUCGGAUGUUGGUUCUCCGUCCUCGAAUUCCCUUCCGCCGCUCCUUGAUUCAUCAGCCGGCUUCGCCGCAACUGAUCAUGAAAUAAGCUGUUCUAAUUACGAGAGCGAUAACAACACUCGAAAGCACGUGCCCUGUUUCUCCACUAAUAACAUCGUUGUACCGAACGCUGUGGUCGUAGAUAAUCUCAAUCCUUUGUAUGGAACCGGUACUAGUAGGUUUGGUUCGUCGUCGUCUACGUCCAGCAUGAUCAGUAAUGCAGGGUUAUUCCCGAGUUUGAGAUCAUUGCAAGAUAACCUAUACUUCCCCAAUUUCUUUUCACCGUCACCAAUGAGUACUGUUGCCACUACUGCUGCUCCACUGUCGGAACACCGUUACCAUCCUGAAUAUCAGAACAAUAUCAACAAUUCUUGGGUUCAUGAAACAAUGCAGCCCAAGGUGGAACGAGUACAAAUGCCGCUAGGACUGUCAUUUAAAUCUCAACUUGUCUUUAUAGACCCCAAGUGCCUUCGGCAUCACUUGCUUGCUGGCAAUGACAAGAUGUAUUUUCGAUCUUUUCAUGUGCUUAGUUAUUUUUCGUUCAGUUUUCAAGUUAAAAACUAUCUGCGGGAGGAAAAGUUGCCAUUAUUUGGUGGCUUGGGCAUUAAGAAUUUGAAGAAGAUGAAUCAGGCUCUCUUAACCAAGUGGCUAUGGAGAUUUGCCAAUGAAGAAGACGCUUUGUGGAGAAAAAUUGUGGCUGAAAAGUAUGGUACUGAUGGGGUAGGUUGGUUAUCAAAAUGUCCUAAGAUUUAUUUUGGUAGAUCUGUUUGGAAGGGUAUUAUGAAAUGUAGCAGUAUUUUUCGAAGCAACAUCAAAUUCAAGAAAAAGGAAAAAUUUUGUGUCCAAGUGUUUUACUGGAAAUGGAUUGUGAAUUGGGAUGUUGGUGUUCCUAGAAUAUUAAAUUCUAAUAUGAGAGCUGAAAUGAUUUGGCUACAAAGGGAUAUGAAUAAUGUCAAGAUCAAGCUAGAGGAAGAGGAUGUUUUGGAAUAA